AUGCAUACAGCCAAUGCUCAGAUCAAGAGAUCCGCCAUACCAGUUCUAGAAAUCCCCUUUCCACACUGUCUCAGACCUUACACCUCAGUGGUAGUGCCCAGUGGAACCAAGGAGAAGCCACAAACUGAAACAUUUCCUCCUCACUUAUUUCUGUUUCUCAAGUUUUUCCUGUUUUUCUCCAUGAAUUCAAAGGAUAAUUGGAGUAACCUUAUCCGGAAAAUAACGUUCUUUUCUCUUACUGGAACUGGCACUGCAGGGAAUUCCUUUUUGUUUGUGAAACAUUUGUACACUUUAGGUGUGGAGACUAAGAAAAAAGGCACAGACUUUAUUGUAAUUCAACUGGCAUUCGCUAAUGCGAUGACACUCUUGGCUUCUGGAAUUGCACAUAUAAGAUCACCUUUUCAUUUUCAUUACUUCCUAGGUGAUGUUGGUUGUAAAGUUGUGAUUUUUCUGGGAAGAGUGUCCCGGGGCCUUUCCCUCUGCACAACCUGUCUUCUCAGUGUGGUCCAGGCCAUCACCAUCAGUCCCCUGAACACCUCAUGGACAAAGCUCAAACCCCAGAAAAAAUGGCAAGUUCUUUCUUGUCUCCUCUUAUUUUGGUUCUUGAAUUUCCUGAUAAGCUCCAACUUGCUCUACUACAUCAGAGCAGUAAAUAGCAUCAACAGAUCUGUUAUUAGAAUACAUGUUGGGUAUUGCUACAUGAUGCCAUCUAGGCAGAUAGUCAGGUGGCUUUUCCUGUCUCUCAUGACUCUUCGAGACAUCAUCUUCCAGAGUUUCAUGGGCUGUAGCAGUGGAUACAUGGCUGUAUAUCUGUAUGAGCAUCACAAGCGUGUCCUCUACUUACACAGCUCCAGGUCUGCAAAUGAGAGCUACUCUAGGUCUGCAAACCAGAGCCCAGAAAUCAGAGCUACUCUAAGUAUUCUCAUUCUCAUGACCUAUUUCCUUUUUUUUUAUUGGGCAGAUUUUGUUUUUUCCUUCUACACAGGCUCAACCGUGACACAUGAGUUCACAAUACUAAAUAUUAAAAUAUUUCUAGGACUUGGUUAUGCAAUUCUCAGCCCCAUUGUGCUGAUCAGCAGAGAUGCCCACAUGGUUAAAUGUUGGCACAGACACAGAGAAUCUGCAGAAGCUGCCUUUUACACUAACUCCUUAGGAAACUGA